AUGGCGGCCUUGCAACCAAGUCUUCCUGCAAAUCUCACCCAGCAACAUAUUCAGGAAGUCUAUCAGAAAUAUCGGCAAAUGCAAGAGCAAGGCGUUCGCCCCGACGAUCCCGAGUUCCUCAAAGCCCAUAACCUGCUGUCAGCUGUUCAGCGCCAACAGGCCCUCCAUAAGCAACGCCAGCUACAACAAUUGCAAGCGCAACGUCUGCAGCAGACCCAGCAGCAGCAGCAGCAACAACAACAACAGCAGCAACAACAAGCACAGCAGCAACAACAAGCACAGGCACAGGCGCAGGCACAGCAGCCGGCUCCGCCACAUACAAAUGGCGUUUCCGCUGAGAAUGUCCUCAAUGCAGUUGAUGGGCGAAAUGGAUCCGUCAGUAGAAACAGCUCUACUGCGCCAGACUCCGCGCCUGGACAAUCCAGCUCCACACCUGCGACCUCUACAAGUCAAAAGGGCGCCACGACGGGAACGGGUAGCUUCACACCGGAACAACUCACAAUCCUGAAAAAUCAGAUUCUUGCGUUUAAAAUGCUGUCGAAAAAUUUAGCCAUCCCACCUCGCGUACAGCAGCAGCUCUUUGUGAACAAAAAGAGCACGGCCAUUGGUGGCACUGAUGGCACUGUUUCGAUGGAUGGUGCGUCUGAUGGGACCAGCCAAACUCGCGAAACUGGAACCAAGGCGGAUACGGCGCUGACGACCGUGCCCAAAGCUAUGUAUCAGACGUUCCAGUCACCCUACGAAGCACUUCCAGCUAGUAUCAGCUAUGGCAGCCACUCAAUGCGCAAGUAUAGACCCAGGAUCCCCAGCCUCAUGCCUAUCGGUGCCGACCUAGAUAAAAUGCGGGAGGAAAGAGAAAUCAUCUUGUAUAAUCGUAUCUCUGCACGGAAGGCGGAAUUGGCUAGGCUACCUGCGAACCUCAGUGUAUGGGAUACUACCAAAAGCGACUCACCGGAUAUAAUUGAUGAUUCGGUAAAGUUAAAAGCUUUGAUUGAACACAAAAUGCUCAACCUUCUUCCAAAGCAGAGGCUUUUGCGCAAGAAACUUCAGCAUGAAAUGAUCCAUUACGACAAUUUGAUUAUGUCCGCUAAUCGCAGCGGCCACCGACGAAUGAAAAAACAAUCGCUGCGUGAGGCACGUGUCACCGAGAAGCUAGAAAAGCAACAGCGGGAUGCGCGUGAGACGAAGGAGAAGAAGAAACAAUACGACCAGCUCCAAGCAAUCCUUACUCAUGGUCGUGAGGUUAUUAAUGCUGGAAUUCAGCAACGGACCCGAUCGCAGAAACUUGGCCAGAUGAUGAUUCGCCAUCAUCAUGAUAUGGAGCGUGAAGAGCAGAAACGUGUUGAGAGAACAGCCAAGCAGCGUCUCCAGGCCUUGAAGGCAAACGAUGAAGAGACAUAUAUGAAAUUGCUUGGACAAGCCAAGGACUCCCGUAUCUCGCAUCUGCUCAAACAAACAGAUGGCUUCCUCAAACAGUUAGCUCACUCUGUAAAACAACAACAGAGAACUCAGGCAGAGAGAUAUGGAGGAAACGAGGACAUGUAUGAAGAGUCCGAAAUUGAGUCGGAUGAAGAGGAUGAAGAGGGUGAAAGCCGCAAAGUCGAUUAUUACGCUGUGGCGCACAGAAUCAAGGAAGAUGUCACCGCACAACCGUCCAUUCUUGUUGGCGGUACUCUCAAAGAGUACCAACUCCGAGGCCUUCAAUGGAUGAUAUCGCUUUACAAUAACAAUCUCAACGGUAUCUUAGCCGAUGAGAUGGGUCUCGGCAAAACCAUCCAGACUAUCAGUUUAAUCACGUAUUUGAUCGAAUUGAAAAAGCAAAACGGGCCAUUCUUGGUGAUUGUUCCGCUUAGUACUCUAACUAACUGGACUCUUGAAUUUGAGAAAUGGGCGCCCUCGGUUAGUCGGAUCGUCUACAAGGGACCACCUAAUAGUCGCAAAGCGCAGCAGCAAGCCAUUCGGUGGGGUCAGUUCCAAGUAUUAUUAACGACAUAUGAAUACAUUAUCAAGGACCGGCCCAUUUUGAGCAAGGUCAAAUGGGUUCAUAUGAUUGUUGAUGAGGGUCAUAGAAUGAAGAAUACCCAGUCGAAACUGACGCAGACUCUCACUCAAUACUAUACCUCGCGUUACCGACUAAUUCUCACUGGUACUCCGCUGCAAAACAACUUACCCGAACUUUGGGCUUUGCUUAACUUCGUCCUUCCAAACAUUUUCAAAUCUGUGAAAUCGUUCGACGAAUGGUUUAACACUCCAUUUGCCAACACUGGCGGUCAGGAUCGCAUGGAACUCUCAGAAGAAGAACAGCUACUCGUUAUCAGACGUUUGCAUAAGGUUCUUCGACCAUUCCUUCUCCGCCGUUUGAAGAAGGAUGUCGAAAAGGACCUUCCUGAUAAACAGGAGCGUGUUAUCAAAUGUCGUUUCUCGGCGUUACAAGCCAAAUUGUAUAAGCAGCUGAUGACGCACAACAAAAUGGUGGUCAGCGACGGUAAGGGCGGCAAGACUGGCAUGCGUGGAUUAAGCAACAUGCUUAUGCAGCUCCGAAAGCUGUGUAAUCAUCCGUUUGUCUUCGAAUCGGUGGAGGAGGAAAUGAACCCCGGAAAGGGCACGAACGAUCUUAUCUGGCGUACCGCUGGUAAAUUCGAACUGCUUGACCGUGUUCUUCCAAAAUUCAAGGCCUCAGGACAUCGUGUUUUGAUGUUCUUCCAGAUGACUCAGAUCAUGAAUAUCAUGGAAGAUUUCUUGCGCUUCCGAGGCCUCAAAUAUCUUCGCCUUGACGGUUCUACCAAAUCUGAUGAUAGAUCUGAAUUAUUGAGGCUUUUUAAUGCCCCUGGAUCUGAUUACUUCUGCUUUCUUCUCUCUACGAGAGCCGGUGGUCUUGGUUUAAAUUUGCAAACCGCCGACACUGUCAUCAUCUACGACUCGGAUUGGAACCCUCAUCAAGAUCUUCAGGCUCAGGAUCGUGCCCAUCGCAUUGGUCAGAAGAACGAGGUUCGCAUUCUCCGGUUAAUCAGCUCCAACUCCGUAGAGGAGAGGAUUCUGGAACGAGCACAGUUCAAGUUGGACAUGGAUGGCAAGGUCAUCCAAGCGGGCAAGUUCGAUAAUAAGUCGACGAACGAGGAGCGUGAUGCUCUGCUACGUACCCUCCUUGAAACUGCCGAUUCUGCCGAUCAAGCGGGCAAUGAGGACGAGAUGGACGAUGACGAUCUUAAUGAUAUCAUGGCUCGAUCCGAUGAGGAGCUUGUCCUUUUCCAGAAACUUGAUCAAGAGAGAUUAAAAUCUGAUCGUUACGGCCAAGGACAUCGGUACCCUCGUUUAAUGGGUGAAGAUGAACUUCCCGAUAUCUAUCUAGCAGAGGGCAACCCUGUCACUGAGGAGCCCGAAGAAGUCACCGGUCGGGGCGCUCGUGAGCGCAAGGUGAUGAGGUACGAUGAUGGCCUCACCGAGGAGCAGUGGCUCAUGGCGGUAGAUGCAGAAGAUGACACCAUUGAAGAGGCAAUCGCUAGAAAUGAAGCUAAAUUAGAGCGGAGACGGGCGAAUAAAGAGAAACGGGUUAAACGAACUCAGGGCGCGGAGUCAUCCCCAGAGCCGUCCAGAGAAGCCUCUGCCACGCCACAACGAAGUAAAGGACGACGCAAGGGCCCUGUACCCAAGCGAAAGGCAGACGAGGUAAUUGAUGAGGCGCCUAGCAAACGCCGGAGGGGGAGACAAAGCAAAGCUGCGAUCGCCGCGGCCGCUGCGGCAACCGAGACCUUAAAUAACUCAGACCGUGAGAUUUUGCAAACGGUUCUCAAUAGGGUUUACAAGAUAAUCAUGGGCCUACAGGCAGAAGUGCCUGCUGAUUCUUCGGAUACUGAUGAUGAACCGAGCACGCGUCCCAUUAUCGAUCCGUUCCUAAAGCCGCCGCCAAAAACCCAUUACCCGGAUUACUAUAUGAUUAUCCAAAAUCCCAUUGCCAUGGAUUCUAUCAAGCGGAAAAUAAACCGCGAUGAAUACCAGAGUUUACGGGAGUUCUUGGAUGAUAUUAGGCUGCUGUGCAAUAAUGCUAGGACCUACAAUGAGGAUGGCAGCGUUCUUUUCCAGGACGCGAAUCAGAUUGAGACCGCUUGUAUCGCAGCAUUGAAGAAGGAGACAGAAAAAUACCCUGACUUCGCAGACUUUGAUGACUCCGUCGACGGAUCAACCGCGCCUAUUUCGAGCGCCGGAACUCCUCUUGCAUCCGGUGCUGCGUCAUCGCAGAAACUCAAGCUGACGUUCAAUAACUCGAAAACAAACGGGAAUGAUAGCGCCGCCGUUAGUGACGAUGAAUGA